CCGCCGCCGCCACCGCCGCUGCCGCCGCCGCCGCCACCGCCGCCUCCACCCGCCUCGCGGACCCAGCGAGCGGGGUCGCCGCCGCCUGCCCACCCGGGUGCCCCAGGGCUGCGGUGGGCCAGGAUGUCGGGCUUCCUAGAGGAGCUGCUCGGCGAGAAGCUGGUGACGGGCGGCGGUGAGGAGGUGGACGUGCAUUCGCUGGGCGCCCGCGGCAUCUCGCUGCUCGGGCUCUACUUCGGCUGCAGCCUGAGCGCCCCCUGCGCGCAGCUCAGCGGCAGCCUGGCCGCCUUCUACGGCCGCCUGCGGGGGGACGCGGCGGCCGGGCCGGGGGCCGGGGCUGGAGCCGGGCCGGGGCCGGGGGCCGGGGCGGCCGCGGAGCCCGAGCCGCGGCGCCGCCUGGAGAUAGUCUUCGUGUCCUCGGACCAGGACCAGCGACAGUGGCAGGACUUUGUGCGGGACAUGCCGUGGCUGGCGCUGCCCUACAAGGAGAAGCACAGAAAGCUUAAACUUUGGAACAAAUACCGCAUUUCCAACAUUCCCUCACUAAUAUUCCUAGACGCCACCACCGGGAAGGUCGUGUGCAGGAAUGGGCUGCUGGUGAUCCGCGAUGACCCAGAAGGUUUGGAAUUCCCUUGGGGACCUAAACCCUUCAGGGAAGUCAUUGCAGGGCCCUUGCUUAGAAAUAAUGGACAGUCCCUGGAGAGCAGCAGCCUGGAGGGGUCUCACGUGGGAGUCUAUUUCUCCGCACACUGGUGCCCACCCUGCCGAAGCCUCACCCGGGUCCUGGUGGAAUCCUACCGGAAGAUCAAGGAGGCAGGCCAGAAAUUUGAGAUCAUCUUUGUUAGUGCGGACAGGUCCGAGGACUCAUUCAAACAGUACUUCAGUGAGAUGCCCUGGCUCGCUGUCCCCUAUACCGACGAGGCCCGGCGGUCACGCCUCAACCGGCUGUACGGAAUCCAAGGCAUCCCCACCCUCAUCGUGCUGGACCCCCAGGGGGAGGUGAUCACGCGGCAGGGGCGAGUGGAGGUGCUGAAUGAUGAGGACUGCAGGGAGUUCCCGUGGCACCCCAAGCCCGUGCUGGAGCUCUCCGACUCCAAUGCUGUGCAGCUCAACGAGGGCCCCUGCCUUGUCCUGUUCGUAGAUUCUGAGGAUGAUGGGGAGUCUGAGGCAGCCAAGCAGCUGAUCCAGCCAAUAGCCGAGAAGAUCAUUGCCAAGUACAAAGCCAAAGAGGAGGAGGCCCCACUUCUGUUCUUUGUGGCGGGGGAGGAUGACAUGACUGACUCCCUGCGCGAUUACACCAACCUGCCCGAGGCCGCCCCUUUGCUCACCAUUCUGGACAUGUCGGCCCGGGCCAAGUACGUGAUGGACGUGGAAGAGAUCACCCCCGCCAUUGUGGAGGCCUUUGUGAAUGACUUCCUAGCAGAAAAGCUCAAACCAGAGCCCAUCUAAGGGGGCUCCAGCCUCAGGAGAUGUUAUUUAAAAACUCCCGUCUUCUCCUCUUCCUUCUCCUUCUCCUUCCCUCCACCCUUGGACUUUUCCAGCGUGUCCCGAAUCACACAACCCAAGUGUCCAACCUCUCUGUGGUGCCUUGUUUUCUGCAUUAACUCAGCACCCCAAGGUGCACCUCCUCUCCACAGCAGAAGAACCCCACCGUGUCUGGAGACUCUGCUUGGGAUCCACAGGGCUGGCAGAACCCGGCCAGAACCAGGACUGCAGCCUGCUCCCAGUCACUAGCUCUCGGCGAAGUAUUUGCCGGGUGGUCUUGUGCUGAACGAACAUGGCGGGACAGCACACUGGAGCUCUGGUCCCACCCCUGGUGUCCGCAUGCUUGCGCAGGGCCCAGCACAGCUCAGUGAGGGAAAGGGAGCUGCUGACAACAACCUCCUUUCUCCUAAGUGACUUCUUCUCUCUUGGUGUGAGGGGAAAACACCAGCUUGGCAGCCGGUUCUUGGGCCAGGGGAUCUCAAGAUCUCAAAGGAAGCUCGUGUUCUUUCUCGGGGAGAAAAAGCGUAGCUCUGGUAGUGAUUCAUGUAGUGGUGGCUUCCUCUGAGCUCCUACCGUGAUAAGAAGGAGCCUCUCAUUUUUUCCUUACAUCUUUCUUCCUGGAUCUUACCUCUCCAAGUUUCUGCCUUCUCAUACGGACAGCCUCUAUGGUCUUGGAGUUUUGUUCAUAAACUCCCCCCUCUUGGACAGCUUCCCGGGAGGCACCCAGCCCUGUGUCCUUAGAGGAGCCCCGCCUCGCCGGCACAGACCUCUGACUCGGCCCAGCUCUGGACCUGGGGCCGCUGCAGCUCUGCCGAGGUACCUGUGUCCCCUUUGGUUACCUGUCAUCCCUCUUUUCUUUUCAAAGCAGAACUAAAAAGAGACAAGAAAUUACCAGAAGCCUAGCUUUUUUUCCUAAGAACCUGCACAAAGAGCUGUGUCCUAGGGUGGCAGGGGGAGCAGAGGACAUGUCCACUAAAAGUGGGCCUUGGAUGCAUGCGGCUAGGCUCAGGUAGCUUGGCUCCCACAGAAGGAAGUUAACAGCUGUGUCCUUGGCACUUGGGAUGGAGGGCUUCGCCUAGGGAUUCACAGGGUUUGGGCCUCUCUUAACCAGGCGUUAGGGUCUUUCAUGCGAUCACAGGCCUUACCCUUGGCUCCACUUGUCCCCCAGACCCCCGUCAGCUGUUGACAGCACUGCUCCUUGCUGACUUGAUUGUUGAUUCGUAGUUUGGAGGUUCGGAGUUAGCUGGUAAUCGGUCACUUGUCACAAGCCUGAAAUGCUUCGCCUAGCGAGAAAUAAAGCAGGCAUCUCUGGACAUUAUCAACAACUUGUCCCUUCCUGUGCCUAGUAACAAAAAUCUUUUUGCUCGUGGUGCUGGGCUCUGGGGAGGGGCGGGGGGACAUACAAGAUCCUCUUGACUUUCUUUGGAGGCUUUAGUAGCGGUGUUUCAGAAUUGUCAAGAACUGGUAAUCUAAGGCCGAGGAGCUCCUUUGGCUUAGCGGACCACAGGCAGAUCCCUGCUGGAGCUCCGGCUGCCAUCUCUCCUGGGUCUGCUCGGCGCUGGCAGAGGGUGGAUUCCCCGAUCACGGGCCUCCUUGUGGACACUGGUGCUCAUUCCCUCCCCACAGGGGGGCACAUGCUCUGAAGCCUGAGGCCAGUUGCUGAAACAGGGAACCCCACGCAGCUCUCCCUGUGAAGAAUGGGCAACCCUAGCUCUAGCCUGGGCUAGGGACUUCUCUGGGAACUCUCCUCUGGGAGUGUGGUGGAUGCAAGGACAAGGUGAACUCCCCUCACUUGGAAGAUGGAGUUCCUUGGACUUCCGCCUGUGUCCUGUAUCAUGAUAGCCCGGGAAGAGAAGUCUCUUUUCUUCUGGUGCAGAAGGAACCCAGUCCCGUGACGGGUCCCUGUAAGUCCCUGCAGCAGACAAAUUAGGUCAUCUGUGAUUCUUCUAGGGCCUUACAGGGCUGACUGAACUACUGCCCCUUAAGGGCCACUGGAUCCUUGUCACCAGACUUCCCCUUUUAGAGCGGCAUGUGGGUUGAGAUCAGUGAGAAGGUUUACAACAAGAAAGUUCUGAGUAUAUAUGGCGGCCCUGAGGGCAAACGCUGGGGGAGACUGCUUCCCCGAUGCCAGCAAACCCCCGUCUCAUUAGUGCCAGAGAUCCUCAAGGUUCUUGAUGCAGACGAUGUGGGUGGCUUCCCAAGUCCCACUAAGCAGCUCCAAGGUACCUUAAUUCUUGUCACUAAUUGGAAGCAGGUUAAAACCCCAGCUGUGAUCUAUUCAAGGGCUUCGGUCAGCAGCGAGGGAAAUGAGGGAAACCGUGUCUGGAGGCAGGAAGGUGGGAGGGGAAGAUGCCACCCUGGGGUUCCAGAUCCUGUGCUCGCCACAGUGACCUCCAUAUCCUGUUCUACCCGUUUUCACAACAGAGAUGAGACUUUUUUUUUUUUUUUUUAACCUGUCCCCAACAAUAAAGAUCCGGUUAAGAGAAAGGGAGUGUGUUUGGAAUUGGUACAUACAAUGGGCAGCGCUAAAUGCCAGGGCACAACUGAAGCUUCCUUUUUAGGAGUGAGGUGGCUGCCUGCUUCCCCCUCAACCCCAACCCCGACCCACCCACCAUCGCCAAGCAUAUCCUCAAAUGCAGUGGCUCUCGCUUACCCAAGCACAGGGAGCUGGUACUGUCUUUGGCAUCAGCCAAGAUUCAAGUGGUAAAUUUUCAGCCAGACUUUGUUUUUGCCUCUUGCCUAAUUAAAGACACAAAAAAGCUGUUCUCUCCUCCUGCUGCCUUGUUCUGGGGUAGCAAACGGAACUCUGCAGUGAUCUAGAGAUGGAACCAUGGUCCAAGAUCAGAUCAGCAGGACCCAGACCGGUGUCAGCUUAGGGAGAAUACCAAGUGUUUGUGUGUGCGCACGCGCGCGCAUGUGCACAAACCUGCACUUGUGUGUAGACUUGGCUCGUAGCUCCGGGAGGGAUCUGAGCAGGCACCUGGCCCAGCCCCCAGCACACAGGUGCAGACACAUCCUGAUUGUAAGCCAUCUCCCUGGGCCAGGCUGGGGAGGCCAGUGCUUGCCCCAUAGGACUAGAACAUGGCCUCAUGUGGAUGGUGGGGAGCUUCCACAGUGGCCCUCUGUGGCUCCUUUCGGUGGUGCCAUGUGAACAGAGGACUGACCCCAAAGACUGACCCCGAGGCCCAGAGCUUGGGAUCUUUCAACUUCCCUGAACCACCCCCCCCCUUUUUUUUUUUUAAAGAUUUUAUCUAUUUGACAGAGAUCACAAGUAGUCAGAGGCAGGCAGAGAGAAGGAAGGGAGCAGGCUCCCUGAGCAGAGAGCCCAAUGUGGGGCUUGAUCCCAGGACCCUGAGAUCAUGACCUGAGCCAAAGGCAGAGGCUUAACCCACUGAGCCACCCAGGCACCCAGGCUCCCUCUUUGCUGACUCCAUGGCUUACAUCCAAGCAGGUCGCCCAAGGGAGAAUUCUUUGUUGACAAAUGGCCGUUGCCUAUUAGCUUCAUUCUUGAUUGUUUAAUGUUAGUAAAUGGUGCAAAGGAUAUAUUUUCUGGGAAGCAGAGGGCGGUUUGCAGGACAAUUUUAUGUUGGGUCUACUUUAUGGCUGGGAUUUUUCCAUCUAGUAGGGGAACUAUGACAUUAGAAUAUCCUGGGUAUGCCUCAAAUGAGAAAGCAUGAAGAAAAUCUGCUUUGUUUAAGGUCCGAUGUGUUCCAGCCCCUUGGGGGUUUGGAAUACUUCCCAAGCCAGGAAGUGUGUGGUUGUAGUUGGGUAGGACUUGUUCUGAAGGACUGUUGGACUUCUGUUAAAUGUACCAACUCAUGGAAGCCUGUCGGCCAGUAUAUAGCCCAAAGGAGGCAGGCAGCCCCAAGUCCAGAUUCCUGGGUGCUCGUGCCUCACACAAGCCAGUCACCCACACAGGCUAGAACUAGGAUUCAGUAGGAGGCAUGAUGUUGGGACCCAAGGCUAAAAAGGAAAUCUUUGAGCAUCACAGGAUGUGGAAGGAAGUCCCCAACGAGUCAGGAGCCACUAUGCCUCCUGGUCUGCAGUCAGUAUGCACCCCUCGCCCCCCACCCCAACACACAUACAUACCUCCCAUCACAAAGGUGAGAGGGAAGCCUGCUGCAACCUUGUCCCCUCCCCAACCCUUAUUCCCUUCUUGCAUUCUAAAGUAGCAGCAGCUUUGAGGAGGGCCCUCCAAACAGGCGGCUUCAGCUGAAGGUAGCUUCCCUACAACAAACAUAGUAGGAAGAGAACCAGUGCCAUCUGCAACAGACCGGUUAUGCCUGGCCCCUGAGUGUUGGCCUUGGCCGAGGCUUCCUGAGUCCAGCCAGGGCGGUCCAGCUUGCUCUGUCUCAGCCGCACUGACAAAACAGGACAACCUUGUUCAGACUUUCAGUUGUCCACAGCAAUAAAGAGCUCAUCCGUU